UACUUCUGGUUCCACUGCUGUGAUAAAGACCAGGCCCCAAGGCAACUCGGGGAGGAAAAGGUUUAUUCGGCUCCACCUCCACAGCCCUGUCCAUUCUGUCUGCCGUCCAGGAGUGGCACCUCCCACAUCAAUCAUUUAUCAAGAAAAUGCCCACACAGACUGCCUACAAUCUGAUGGAGCUAAGUCCUCAAUUGAGAUUAAUUCUUCCGAGAAAUGUGUAGGUUUGUUUCAAAUUUCCAAAAACAUCUCCCCACCACCACCACCAUACUUGGCCCUCAGGCAGUAGCACAACCUUUGAAGCUGCGUGAGUAACUUCACCUUCUUGGACUAGUUUCCGUACAGCUAAAACAUUAUGUCCAAGAGAGGCAAUGGUGUGUGGAAGUGGGAGUGUGUGUGCUGGGUAUCACUGGAAGACUGACCCCAAGGGUCAUCAGGCCUGGAACACGAUGGCUCAAAGCCCAUUCUAGGGCAAAGAGAAGGCCUGAUUUCACGAGCGUUGUUGCAUUGUUGCACCUUCUCGGGGCACACUUCAUUUUCGCCUCACGCCUUUUCCCGCCAGCGCGUCGGGAGAAGGUGCGAAGGAACUCUCUGUAAGGUCACCCCACAGUCGGCCUCCGGCUGGGUGGGGGCUGAGGGUCGACGGGAUUCGAACCCGGGCCUUCAGAGGACGUCCCUGGUCUGGGAGACAGGAGCGAUACGGCGGGUCCGGGCGCUUAAGGCCGGCGGGCGCGGGACGCGAGGCGGGAGGCGCCAGGCGCGAGCGGGGUCGCUCCUUCCCGCCGCCCAGCGCGCGCGAGCCCAACGGCCCCGGCGCGCGCCACCUCGCGGCAGGAGUCUCUGGCGGGCGGGGCUGCGCAGCUCUCGCCCCCGCCCCUCGGCCGCCGCCGCCGCCGCCUCGGUGGAGCCCCCCGCCGUUCGCGGCUCGCCGCCCGUCGCCGCCUCAGCCGCGCCGCUCUCCUGAGCCGCCGCCCGCCCCUGCCGGCGUCCUCGCUCGCUCCCUGCGCAGCGGAAACAUGGCGGCUGGAAGGGAGUGAGCCGCCCGCGCCCCCGCGCCCCGCGCCGCGGUCGCCCUCAGAUGGAGAAAUUAAUAUACAGAGAAACUGACUUGUCAGCGGUCAGAGCAAGAUAUAAGUGAAUCCAGGAAUAAGUUUGAAGCCUCUUCUUUGCUUGCUUAGUUUUUAGUCCAUUGACUAUGCAGCCUAGUGACUGGAAUGAUGUGAGAAAACAUAAGUAUGAUCAGCUGUCAGAGUCUGCAUCUCAGUAUCAAGGACCUGCUAACAUCCUGGAGAUAGGUCAUUUUACCUGGGACAAAUACCUAAAAGAAACAUGUUCAGUCCCAGCACCUGUCCAUUGCUUCAAGCAGUCCUACAAACCUCCAAGCAAUGAGUUCAAGAUCAGCAUGAAACUGGAAGCCCAGGACCCCAGGAACACCACAUCCACCUGUAUUGCCACAGUAGUUGGACUGACAGGUGCCCGACUGCGCCUGCGCCUUGAUGGCAGUGACAACAAGAAUGACUUCUGGAGACUGGUUGACUCCUCUGAGAUACAGCCAGUUGGAAACUGCGAGAAGAAUGGUGGCAUGCUACAGCCCCCAUUAGGAUUUCGAUUGAAUGCCUCCUCUUGGCCCAUGUUUCUUUUGAAGACACUAAAUGGAGCAGAGAUGGCUCCCAUCAAGAUUUUCCAUAAGGAGCCACCAUCACCUUCCCACAACUUCUUCAAAAUGGGAAUGAAGUUAGAAGCUGUAGACAGAAAGAACCCUCAUUUCAUUUGCCCAGCCACUAUUGGAGAAGUUCGAGGCUCAGAGGUGCUUGUCACUUUUGAUGGGUGGCGAGGUGCAUUUGAUUAUUGGUGCCGCUUUGACUCCCGGGACAUCUUUCCUGUGGGCUGGUGUUCUUUGACUGGAGAUAAUCUGCAGCCACCUGGCACCAAAGUUGUGAUUCCAAAGAAUCCUUCCCCUGCAUCUGAUGUGAAUACUGAGAAGCCCAGCAUCCACAGCACCAAAACUGUCUUGGAGCAUCAGCCAGGGCAGAGGGGGCGCAAACCAGGAAAGAAGCGGGGCCGAACACCCAAGAUCCUUAUUCCCCAUCCCACCUCUACCCCAUCCAAGUCAGCUGAACCUUUGAAAUUCCCAAAGAAGAGGGGUCCCAAACCUGGCAGUAAGAGGAAACCUCGGACUUUGCUGAGCCCACCACCCACCUCACCAACAACCAGCACCCCUGAACCGGAUACCAGCACUGUUCCUGAAGAUGCUGCCACCAUCCCCAGUUCAGCCAUGCAGGCCCCCACAGUUUGUAUCUACUUGAACAAGAGUGGCAGCACAGGCCCCCACUUGGAUAAGAAGAAGAUCCAACGACUUCCUGAUCAUUUCGGGCCAGCCCGUGCCUCCGUGGUGUUACAGCAGGCUGUCCAGGCUUGCAUUGACUGUGCUUAUCAUCAGAAAACCGUCUUCAGCUUCCUCAAACAGGGCCACGGCGGUGAGGUCAUCUCAGCCAUGUUUGACCGGGAACAGCACACCCUCAACCUCCCAGCAGUCAACAGCAUCACCUAUGUCCUUCGCUUCCUGGAGAAGCUCUGCCACAACCUUCGGAGUGACAAUCUGUUUGGCAACCAGCCCUUUACACAGACUCACUUACCACUCACUGCCACAGAGUACAGCCACAGCCACGACAGGUACCUACCAGGUGAAUCCUUCGCCCUGGGGAAUAGCCUGGCCCGGUCCUUGGAGACACACUCAGACUUGAUGGACACUGCCUUGAAGCCUGCCAGCCUUGUCGGCACCUCCCAGAACAUUCGAAGUCCUGGUUAUCGGCCCUUGGCUCCCUCCUGUGGCCUCCCAUUGAGCACUGCCUCAGCUGUGCGUAGGCUCUGCUCCAGGGGAGUGCUAAAAGGAACAAAUGAAAGGAGGGACAUGGAAUCAUUUUGGAAACGAAGUCAUUCCCCAGGGUCAGAUCGGUAUCUGGAGAGCCGAGAUGCCCCUCGCCUGAGUGGGCGGGACCCUUCUUCAUGGUCAGUGGAAGAUGUGAUGCAGUUUGUCCGGGAAGCAGAUCCUCAGCUCGGACCCCAUGCUGACCUCUUCCGAAAACACGAGAUCGAUGGCAAGGCCCUGCUCCUGCUGCGCAGUGACGUGAUGAUGAAGUACAUGGGCCUGAAGCUGGGGCCCGCCCUCAAGCUCUCCUUUCACAUUGACCGGCUGAAGCAGGGCAAGUUCUGAACAGGAGGCAUUCUUCUCCCCGGAAGCCGCCAGCCAGCUCCCAGGCACCUCCAUAGGGCUCUGGGUGACCUCAGGACUCCAGAAGGCUGGAGAACCACCACUACUGCCCCUCCUACCAUGAUGUGUCCUUCCAUGAAGGACUGAGGAGGGAAGAGUGUGGGCCUAGGGCUGGUGCUGCUCUUCCCCUAUGGCCUGCUGUGGCUCCCAGGCCCCUCCUAUUUAUUUCUCAAGGCUUGCCAAGCCACUCCCCACAAGUUUAGACUGAGCACCUUGCAAAGAGAUGGAGGAAAAGGCCAACUCUAGGGUCUUGAAAGGCCCUGACACCCAGGCCCCAGGGCUUGGAAGAGGGUCCCAUGGCCCCCAGCUCAUGCCUUCUCACCAGAUCCCCAGACUCUGAACUUAUGGUGCAGACCUUUUUUUAAAAGCUCCUUUCUUGUUGCUAAUUUAUUACUUCUGGCACUUGGACUUCAUGCUUUUCUUGCACCAGACAUUUUUGGGAAGGAGACCACCCUCUGUGUUCCAGAGAAGGCCUCUCCAGAGAAGUAUGACCCUGUUCCAGAGGACACUGCCCUAGGGCUCUUUCUCUCUGGGAUGGACAGAGGCAUAUGGCUGACUGGGCAUGGAAAGGUGAGGGUCCCUCUUCCCACAUUAGGCCCUCUGUAGCCCCAGUCUCUCUCUCUUUGAUGUAUUUUCCCACCACCCUGCCCACAUCACAGCUCCCUGCCCUGUUCAGAAUUGCUGCAAAAGAUGGGGCCUAAUGCUUCUAGGCCAUGGCCCCAAGGUGGGACGGAGGACCUCCAGGCUGGAGGGGUUGCCCUCUGCUAGCUUCUGUGCUUCCUCCUAAGCAAGCCAGCAGCACUGCUGCCCCCACUGCCAUCUGAACUAUUUUAUGUCAGUUUAUAAAUAAAAACCAAUACAAAUGCC